AUGGAAAGAGAACUCUUCUAUGCCUGUCUUGCGUCUAACUUAGAAGAAAGUUCAAUUGUUUUGGGGGAAUAUAUAUUCAAAAAAUAUGACUCGCCCGAGGCCUUUCUUCUUCUUCUUACUGCUCUCAUGGCUUUCUCAAAAUAUGAGGCAGCCAAAUGGCUUAUAACCAGGCGAAGAGAGUAUUUUGACUAUACAGAAGUGCAGAUAAUAUACAUAGAAGUAAUGAAAAGAUUGGGAGAACUCUCAGAAAUUGAGCAAUUUACUAUUUCAGAAACAAAAAUAGGUUUGGUGCCUCCUGUAGAUAUCACGCCGAUUUCUAUACAUUCGCUAUCACAUUACUACCAGGGGCUUAUCCAUAGAAAUCCAGAAAAAGCAAGAGAGUGCUUUAUCUCUGCCUUGAAAAUAGAUGAAAGAAAUUUUGAAGUACUUCUGUACUGCGUAAUUAACUCAAAGGAGAUAGUUUAUGCGCAUACCCCUGAGCUGAAAGAGUUGUUUAAAAAUAUCACAGAGACCACCUCUACUUUCUCGCUGUUUUCUAGAACAUUCCACAGCCCAUUUACCUGUGCUGUAUUGGCCAGAAGGCUGUUUAAUCAAAGGCAGGUGAGUGAACUAUUCCAGAUAUCUCAGUACAUGUCUGCUUUGUAUAAGUCCAACUAUCUUACAUAUAUCACCAUAGGCAUGUAUUACAUUCUAGUGGGCAAAUAUAGCGAUAGUAAAAGGGCGUUAUUCAAAGCUCUGCAGCUGAACAAUUCAUAUGGGAUUGGGUGGAUACUUUUAGGAUACACACAGGGAUUCUUGUGUGAGGGGAAUAAUGCGAUAACAUGCUAUGAAAAAGCUGAAAUUCUUUUGGAAAAUAGCUUUAUGGCAUCGCUGGGAAUUGCUCUGGAAUACCAUCGGAUGAAAAGCUAUAAAAAAGCAGAGAAAAAGUAUCUUGAAGUGAAUAAGGGGUUUGGUAUUGAAGUGUGUUUGAACCCAUAUUUGUCUUUGCUUAUUAUGGAGAAAAGGUAUGCAGAGGUAUUAGAGCUAAUUAAAGAAAGAGAGUGUGCUGGUGAGAGAGCAUUAAUUAAGUCUAUGUGCUAUAUAUUCUUAAAUGACCUGGAUAUGGCAGAGUCCGCAUUGCUUGGUGUAAAUAUUUCGUAUGAUAACAAGGUGCAGAGCAAGUACUACCUGCUGCAGGGAUACAUAUACCACACAAAAAAGAAGUACUGCGAUGCAAUAGAAAUGUACCAAAAGGCAAUACUUAAAAGUACUGGUGGAACCUUAGUGAAUGACCUGUUAGAGCUAGCAAUAAAGAACUCUUUAGAAGAGAGCGAUAAAAGACUAGUGGUCCAGUAUAAAGAAGACCUAUUUGACUUCCUAGACUUAAAAUCAGACCUUCCACUAACUCUAUAAUGGGUGAUUUUUUCGGAUUAUAUUGAGGAACCCGUUAGUUAAUCCUGCAGUAUUGAACAAUAAUAUACUGGUAUUGCUCUCUAUUUCUACUUUAUGUAUAGUUAAUAACAUUCAUUUACUU